UUACUCAUGCGCGUUGUGAACAGUCAUUCAACCGCGGCGCGGCGAAUGCAAGUGUAGAAAUGGAAGACUGGGAGAGAGAGGCCAUCAGAAUAGUGUUGGAGUAUUUGAGUCAGAACGCCUUCGUGUCGGCGAACGCAGUGCGGGAUGAAUGUCGCCAAAGGGGGCAGCUAAUUGAUGGCGCUGAGUUGGGAUCGCAGCAGAGAGACAGAGAAAUUGGUUUUUUGAUGAAUGAUUUUUUGUCAUCGUUUGAGGCUGGAGAUAGCGAGCGGUUUUUUGAAUUGUGGAAGACACACGUGCCAGCUGAUGUGAUUGGAAGAGACGCGACCUGUGCACAGCUCGAGUUUAGAGCCCAUUUGAGCUUUGCUGUGCAUCCCCUCAAGAGAGGGUUGGGUCCGCAGAGCAAUGAAUUUCAGAAAAGCAUCAGUGAUUUCAAAUCAGUUGUGACUUCAUGUGGUUCUGUUUAUGGACACAUUCAGGAUUUUGUUGAUUAUGCUGCACUAGCAUUUGUCCCCGAUCCAACCAUAUUGCCAAAUUUCAAGGCUCUUAUCAGUCCCUCAUGGGAUGGAGAAUUUAGAGCUAGGCUAGAACACUUUCUCAAAUCAGUUGUGCGAUCAUCAUCAAGACCACAGCUAUACUAUCUCAUUAUGGGAAAUGGAAAUAGUGUGUUGUCUACUACACAAGUGUCUGCUCUAAGGCAACACUUGCAAGAGCUUGAAUGCAAAAUGCUAGACUAUCAACGUCGGGUGGUUAGACUUCAGAGUGACAACCAGAUUGUGGUUUCUGUUGCUGUUGAAUUAGUAGAUGCUUUGGAGGAAGCUGUGAAAGGGAGACCUGUGACAGCUGAACAUCUACAAGAUCUUGUUGGCCGUAUUUAUGGAUCAAGUGUGCAACAGUCUGUUGACAUGGGACGACCAGAAACGGCCUCGGCAUUGCUAAGAGCAUCACUUCAUGAGGCUAAUUUAAGCAACACGAGGAAAAGAGAGGUUGCGUUGCUUCCAUCUUUGGAUUACAAGAAAAUUAAAGCUGACUGGAAGACAUUAGAGGAAAGGCCUAAGGCUUUACUCUGUCAAGCUUUGAGAUGGCGUUUGACCAAGUCAAUACCUGGUGAGCAACGCGACAGUGUAAUUACUGCAUACAUACAGAAUGAUCUUCUAGGAACCCAGGAUGACACCAGCCAUCAAGAUGUAGUCUUGAGUAGUCUUCGUUCCAGAAGUACCCUCAUCAGAGAGCACACUGCUUUUCUCUUUAAUACAUUUAGUUCAUUGUCUGCUGGUCGUACAUAUUUGUGUCAAUGUUCUCGAUUGAUUAGUGUCUUACACGAAGUGUUGGUAAAGGAAGAGAGCGAUACAGCUGUUAGACAGAAUGUGUUGGGAACAUUGCAGAAACUAAGCUUGAGGCAAAAGCUACAGACUGAGAUGAUCAGAGAGGGCAUUAUUGAUUGGCUGGUUACUGUUCUUCAAGACCAGGAAUCAUUAUCAAACUACAGUCUACACUACACAACGGCACUGUUGAUGAAUUUGUGUUUAAGAACAAGUGGGAAAUUACAGUGCAUUAGGAUAGCUGGGAAGACUCUCAAGUGCUUGAGCGAUCUUUUGGAACAUGAAGAUGUUGAGGUUCGUUCGUAUGUGAAUGGUGCAUUGUAUAGUAUACUGGCAGUCCCGCAGAUACGAGAGGAAGCUCGUGCAAUGGGUAUGGAAGAAAUCUUGCAAGGGUUAAUGCAAUCAAGUGAAGCAGACUUGUCUAGCCAGCUUGAAUAUAUCAUCAAACAACUCAGAAAUGAACAACCAUGUGAUGAGUCAUCUGAUGAUGAAGGAGAUGAUGAUGACGAAGAGGAAGAUGCUGAAUCACUAGAUGUUGACUUAGAUGAAAGUUUAGCUGUUCUCAGUCCAAGACACGGUGAGCUGACAGGGGACAGACUCUUGUAUGAGCGAUAUCUUUGGUUCAUGACAUCAAGCACAGAAAGAAAGCCAAGACAGCAGCAGUUAGAGCCAGUCAAAGAUUAUAUUCCCUUACAGAGACCAGUCACCCCCAAGAUGCAUGGAGAACCAUCAUCAGGUGCAGGUGGUACAAGCCAACUAGCUUCUUCAAAUGUGGUGGUUCGUUGUGAUGUUCCUGAUCGUGAUCAAAUCUCCACAGGACCGAAGACCAGGUCAAGCAGACAGAAUUCACGUCCAACAAGUGGACAAGAACAGAGACCAGCUAGCUCAAAUUCAAGCAGACCAGGAUCAAGAGAGUCACACCUCACACGGAAUACUAAAUCCAGUAAAGGUGGUACGAGCCAACUAGCUUCUUCAAAUGUGGUGGUUCCUUGUGAUGUUCCUGAUCGUUAUCAAAUCUCCACAAGACCGAAGACCAGGUCAAGCAGACAGAAUUCACGUCCAACAAGUGGACGAGAACAGAGACCAGCUAGCUCAAAUUCAAGCAGACCAGGAUCAAGAGAGAAACACCUCACACGGAAUACUAAAUCCAGUAAAGCAGCUGACGAAACGAGUAGUGUCUCCAGUGCAGCACCGGUCGAUGUUCAAGCAUCAAUAUUGCUGUCAGAGGCGAUUGGGGAAGAUGCCACGGUUGUUGCUGCAGAAAGCAAUCCUAAACCUCUUCAGGGUCAAGGAACAAGUGUAGAUGAAUACAUGGCAGCAUUUGCCACCAGACCGAAAAUACCUCGAAGUCCAAGUGGAUUUCAGAGUGAUCAGCAACUGCCUCGGUCACGUAGUGUUCCAAAUGAGUCAGAGUCUGCGUUAUCUGCAUUAUCUUAUGAGGAAGACGUCAGUCAAAGGAGGAGUCGUGCAGAUGACCCUAUCUUUGCCAUCAGAUCCUCAUCAUCUUCUCCUUCUCGACCAGUCAGGGCUCGCACUGGAAAUUCGUCUGGACCUAGUUCCAGACAGAGCAGAUCUAAAAGUGGUACAUCUACCAGAUCAAGGAGGAAGGAGGUGAACUGACUGAUCAGUUAUCGAAUUGUUACAUUCCUUAUAUAUUUUGUUAUGAAAUUGAGUAUAGCACAAGCGUGCAGCAGCUAUAAAUUAACCGCUAGUCGAUAGAUGUUGAGAAUAAUGACUUUUCUAGAGUUAGCAUUGAAA